AGAACCGGGUAUCUACACAGGAAGCACUUCAUUUAAAAAAAAAAAAGAAAAGAACAGUUGGAUGGGAAAAUAAGAGACUGUUUUGACCUUGGAAAAUGAAGAUGCUGUUGCCAUGGGAACUGUUAAUCCUUCUGUCACUCAAGGACUGUCUCGCAGAGAGAAAUAUCCGGCAUGGGCCUGUCUUCACUCAAGAGCCCAGUGACAGCGUUUUCCCGCUAAACUCUGAAGAUAACAAGGUGUUCAUUAACUGCAAAGCUAAAGGCAACCCCACUCCACAUUACAGAUGGAAGUUCAACGAUCAAGACAUUGAUAUUGACAUGGACUCCAACUACAACCUUGUGGAAGGAAACUUGUUGAUCAAGAGACCACAAGCCAGCCAGCAUGGCGGCAUGUAUCAGUGCAUAGCCAGCAAUGCCAUUGGAACCAUUGUCAGCCGGGAAGCUAAAGUGCAGUUUGCAUUCCUGCAGCCGUUCAGCAGCAAGCCGAGGAACGCCGUGUUGGUGCGAGAAGGUCAGGCGGUUGUUCUGUUGUGCAGUCCGCCCCCUCAUUUUGGAGAGAUCAAAUACUCGUGGAUUUUCAACGGGCAGCCGGGGUUCCUGGUCCGCGACAAGCGGCGCUUCGUGUCCCAGCGAACGGGCAACCUCUACAUCGCAAAGGUGGAGGCGUCGGACGUGGGCAACUACACGUGCGUGGUGAGGAACGUGAUGACCAACGCCACCGUCUUCAGCUCCCCCUCAACCGUGGUCCUGCGCUCGGACGCUGUGAUGGGCGAGUACGAGCCAAAGAUUGAAGUCCAGUUUGGAGAAAACAUCCACGUUGCCAAGGGAUCCUCGGUCAAGCUGGAAUGUUUCGCCUUAGGAAAUCCAGUGCCUUCCAUCUCGUGGCGGAGAGCAGAUGGGAGCCCACUCCCUGGCAAGAUCAAAAUCAACCACUCCAACGGGGUUCUGGAGAUCCCGUACUUCCGCCCGGAGGACGCCGGCCUGUAUGAGUGCAUCGCCGAGAACGCUAGAGGACGAAACGUAGCCAGAGGACAGCUCAUUUUUGACAAUGUUGAGCAUCUGCACUGGGCACAGACUCUGAGGGACGCGCACAUGGCCAUCGAGGCCAGCCUGCAGUGGGAGUGUCGGGCUAAUGGCAAUCCCAGGCCCUCAUACAAAUGGCUCAGGAACGGAGAGCUCAUCACGACCGAGGAUAGAGUACGAGUGGAGGAGGGCAGAUUAUUCAUCACCAACAUCAACGUGAUGGACGCAGGGAUGUACCAGUGCGCAGCAAUGAACCAGCAUGGGGUCAUUUAUGCCAGCGCUGAGCUCAAAGUAGUGGCGUCGCCGCCAGACUUUUCCAGGAACCCGGUGAAGAAGUCCACGCUGAUCCAGCAGGGCGGGGAGGCCAUCAUGGAGUGUCGGCCGCACGCGUCCCCCCGAGCCUCCUACUCCUGGCGCAGGGGCGGCGACUUCCUGAAGAACACCAAACGGCGCACCAUCCUGGAGGACGGGACUCUCCGCAUCGCCAACGUUAGCAAAUCCGAUGGAGGCCGAUACACCUGCGUCGCCCGGAACCCUUUUGGAACCGCCAGCAGCACUGGCACGCUGGUAGUUAAAGAGCCGACCAGGAUCACAGCGCCGCCCCUGAGCAUGGACGCCACUGUGGGGGAGAGCAUCGUGUUCCCCUGCGUGAUCUCCACCGACUCCACUCUAGAACCCACCUUCAAGUGGUUCUUCAACGGCAAGCUCCUCGAUUUCACCAGGCAGGAUCACUUUGAGAUGAUCGGCGGGGGUUCUGCAGGUGACCUGAUGAUCAGAAAUAUUCAGCUCAAGCACUCGGGAAAAUAUGUCUGCAUGGUGCACACGUUGGUGGACAGUGUGUCGGCCGCAGCUGACCUACUUGUGCGAGGGUCCCCUGGCGCUCCCGAGGGCGUGGUCAUGGGUGAGAUCACCGACACGACUGCCCAGCUCUCCUGGGUCCCGGGGUCUGACCACCACAGUCCCAUCACCAGCUACAUUGUCCAGGCAAGGAAUCCUUUCUCCAUAGGUUGGCAGGCAGUCAAAACAGUGCCUGCGACCGUGCCUGGGCAGAUGUUACAUGCCACAGUGGUCGCCCUGAACCCUUUUGUGGAUUAUGAAUUCAGGGUGGUGGCUGUCAACAGUGUGGGCGUUGGUGAGCCCAGUGCACCGUCCAGGCAAAUCCGCACCAAAGCAGCAGCGCCAGAGAUCGCCCCAGCCAGCGUGAGCGGUGGAGGUGGGAACCGUGGAGAACUGGUAAUAGCAUGGGAGCCUGUCCCCGAGGAGCAUCAGAACGGAGAGGGAUUUGGCUAUGUCGUGGCUUUUCGACCCAUCGGCACGACGACCUGGAAGCAAGCCGUGAUGGCUUCCUCCGAGGCCUCCAAGUACACGUUCAAAAAUGACAGCCUGCCACCGCUGGCCCAGUACGAGGUGAGAGUGGGCGUGUACAAUGGCGUGGGAGAAGGACCGUUUAGUGACGUGGCCAUUGUCUUCUCAGCGGAGGAGGAGCCCUCGAUUGCCCCCUCGAGGGUGUGGGCACGUACCCUGUCUGCCUCGGAAAUCCAGGUUUACUGGGAGCCCAUCGCCGAGAGGGAGACCAACGAGAAGAUCUUUGGUUACGAGGUGGUGUGGCGUGAGGAGGGGGCGGCCUCGAGCGCGGUGGAGAGUGUGCGGGUCACGGACACGGCAGCCACCAUCACGGGGCUGAAGGGCAGCACGGCAUACCUCAUCUCCGUCAGUGCCCACAACAGCGCCGGCACCGGACCCCCCAGUAGCCCCGUCAAUAUCACCACUAAGAAGCCACCACCGAGCCAUGCUCCAGCCAAUAUAGAGUGGAACUUAACCAACUCGAAGAUCUUGUUGAACUGGGAACACGUAAAGGCCAUGGACAAUGAGUCAGAUGUCACCGGCUACAAGGUGGUGUAUCGGCAGAAUUGGCUCGGCCGCACCAGCAUCGUGGAGACCAACCGGACGUCUGUAGAGCUGCAGCUUCCCUCAGGAGAGGACUACCUCAUUGAAAUCAGGUCACAGAGCGAGGGAGGAGACGGAAGCAGCAGUGGGCCCAUAAGGAUACCAAAGAUGUCCAGUCUUAAUUCAAAAGGCCAUUUGAAUGCAGACAUCAGCAAAGUAGCAGACUUCUGUGCAAUGAUUUUUGUAGUGUCACGGCUGUUUCUAUAGAAUUCUAUAAUUCUAUAAUUCCCAUUUCUGUAGAACUAUCAUUAAGGGCAAGACCUUUGGAAUCCAUUCACGUUGUGCAGGGCAUAUAGGAAGGGGAUUUUUAGAAUGGGUUAGGGAAUUUCUAGAACAGUCAUGCUCCACAGAGCUGCAUUGCCUUAUGUUCAAUUUUGAAAUCUUUGUCGACAAGUCUGACUCUCUUAACAGUCAGCUUUUAUGCAAAGGGCAAGUGUUACUGACUUUGAAGCUUAUCUGUGUUUCCUAUUCUGAAUGUAAGCAAUACAUGUUUGAGUGCUUUAUUCCAUAGAACAGCUGAGAUUCCUUUUCUAUGCUCAUGGGUAGCAUUUUCAUUUAUGGACGAAUGUGUUUAUACUAGGCUACAUGAUGUGAGAAGUGUCUCAAUGUGAAAAUGAACAAGGGAGACUCACUGCACUCUCAAGUUACUCAUACUAUUAUGUAAUCAGAAUGCAUCAUUAGGACAUAUAUCCCAAACAGUGACACUGUGGUACUCAACCAAUAGCAGCCGGCAGCCAAACACAUUGGCAUGCUAAAUGCAUAAACUAAUAGGCUCAUGACUUCAAGGCAUCAUACUUUCCAGGAUUAUGGCAGAAUAUGCAGAAUAUUACAUUCACGUUAGACACACCGGAGCAGCUUUUUCCAGUUACCAUGGUGUAGAACCUUUAAUGAUUUAUGAAUUCCCAGUAAUGUCAAUGCAUCAUGAGUUUACGUGUGAGGCUUAUUUGUUUGCCAUUGCUAGGUGAACGUAUAGAUCAGGGGUUUUCAACCAGUGGUCCGCGGCCCACUUGUGGUCCGUGAGGACAUUGCUGGUGGUCCCUGACCAUGGAUUCAGUAGGCCUAGUUGCAAUGUGGGAAUCAGUAUUUUUAUUCAGUGGUGGUCCUGGCGUUACAUAAGUAGUCAGAAUGGUGGUCCCUGGUUCACAAUCAGUUGAAAACCCCUGGUAUAGACUGUUGUUUUGGCCACAGUUCUGGACCGUGGACUCGCAUUCAGAACACCCGCGAUGGCUCCUCCUCCCACUGCAUUUUGGAAGGAUGUGACUGCGCUGUCAGUGUGGUCUGCCAGCAUUUCAUGCCCACACCUACACUUUCUAUGGUUUGAGGCUGAGUCGUGCCUCCUCUGCCUCUCCUCCCCUCACACACCGCCUCAGAAAAGUGAUGUUGACGUGUCAGAGGACUGUCAUUAACUAUAAAUACACUGACUCUGAAUGUCAGAAUUUAUCAGCGAAAAAUACAGAGGGAGAAAAAAAAAGCAAACAGCAUUAUUACCCAGAGCACCUCUAGUGUGAGAAAGGCACUCAGCUCGGGGCACCCCAGAGGAAUGCCGGUUCAAAAUUCAGCUGCUGCUGCUGCUCCUCCGUGUUUGCCCAGAGUCGAAAUUGGUCUCGUUCCCCGCAGGAGAGAGGCUGGCUUCCUGGCUGGCUGGAGAGGCUGGGGUUGGGCGCCUCCCCAUCUCAUCUCAUCCUAGGCCAUCACUCUGUAGUGUCAGCCUCUGACAGGCUGGCAGCCCAACGGACUGCUGGGUAUAAACAGAGAGCUCCCCUUUGUCUGCAGCACCUGCUGAAACACGGCACUGCUCUCACACACACACACGCACACACACACACGUGUACGCAUUGGGCACUCACCUUGGGAAGACUUGUGUGUGUUUGAAAGCUUCAAAUCAGACAGGAGGCUGUGGACUUUGUAAUUAGAGAAAUGCACAGAGUGCAUGACCUGUAUCGGCAAAGCAUCUGCAAAUGGGGACAUUACACACACUUUUAUACAAGACCUGUGCUUAGUGUAAAGACUACAACAUCAUUCAACAAAUGAUAAUUGCCAUUUGGCAGCUGCCUGAGUACAGUUCAUAAGACCGCUUCUGAUAUUAGAAAUACCUCAUGAUGGAUGCCUGUACCUCUGCCUGUUCGUUGUGAAAGCUUGUUUAUGGACUCCUGUAACCAUUAAAAAAUCAUGUCUUUUUGUCAUGUUUUUUUGUCCUCGAGGAAUUUCAAUGCUUUCCCACCUCAGCAGCUAUCUGUGUUCAUUAACCUUUAUCAGUAGCCUUCAGAGUGCACCGAGCAUUCUCCUAAUUUAUGCAUGUUAUAAUUUUCAAAUCACAUUGUCUUGAAAUACAACUGCCAUGCUCUGUGCUCCAAUGACAUGCUUGUUGAACCAGUAUGAAUAGACUGGCAGAUUAUCUGUAAUAAGUGUGAUUGUGUAGAUUGUAGGGUUUAUUAUGGGUCCUGGUUUCUAAUCUGUUGUGAAGUGGCUUGUGUUUUUGCAUUUUGUUUUCUCUUUUGAACUGUCAUAUUUUUUUGUUGGUCUGAUCAUUUCUUACUGGCUGCUUUUGUUGGUGUUACUCAAGUGAUUUAAUACUGUGGUAUUGAAGUCAGAAGAAGAUCUCUGUGAGAUGUAAAAUUAAUAAAAUUUCAUAUUGAAAUGGUC